AAUGUGACGGACCACAAACCGGACGUUGUUUUCCGCGCUUUCUGCGCAGAAUUGAAGAGUGGCGGGAUUUGUUGUCAAGUCAAGCUGUUGGGAAAAAUUGUCGUCAUGGAUUAUAAAAGGCGCAAUGGUGCACCAUUCACUGGUGGCGUUUCCCACGCCAAACGCAGCAAGAUGGCCGGUGAAUGGGAGGACAGUCCCUCACAUUUUGAGGAGGAAUUGUCCAUGUUUGAUGAUGUGGACAUGGAUUCAGAGGAGAUGGAGGGGCAAGCUGGGCAUGAUGUUAUUCCUGUUGGUGACCUCUUUUCGGCAGACCUAAACCCUCGCUGGCGGAGGCCUCAUGCCCCUUCACUGGACCCAUCUUCUGAUUCUUUGGUGUUUCAACAGAUUGAUCUGGACUAUUAUUUAGGAGCGGCUGUAGCAGGCAUGCCCGGUCAGUUGUACGGAAAAGUCCCCAUCAUUCGCAUGUUUGGAGUGACAGACAGUGGAAAUAGCGUAUGCUGUCACGUUCAUGGCUUUGCGCCUUACUUCUAUGUCCCGGCCCCAAAUGGGUUCACACCGGAUAACUUGGGUGACUUUAAAAGGGAACUCAACUCUGCUGUGUUGAAGGACAUGCGCUCCAACAAAGACAACAUCUCGGUCACCGUGCUUGCUGUGGACAUCACCCGUAAAGAAAAUAUGUACGGUUACCACGGCAACCGAAGCUUGGAUUUCUUGCGGAUAACCAUGGCGAUGCCUCGUCUCAUUGCCCCCGCCAAGCGACUGCUGGAGCAGGGCUUGAAUUGCGGACCUUUUCCCAUGCACUGUUACCAAUCAUUUGAGGCCAACAUAGAUUUUGAAAUAAGAUUCAUGGUGGACUGCAAUGUGGUUGGAUGCUGCUGGAUCGAACUUCCGAAAGGCCAAUACAGAGUCCGUGAGGAAAAAAAUGCAGCGGACACAUCUCCUAAGCACCCGGGCAAGGAGUCCUUAUGUCAGUACGAGGUGGAUGUGGCAUGGACCAACCUGAUAAGUCACCCAGCGGAAGGAGAGUGGCAGAGGAUCGCGCCGCUCCGCGUCCUCAGCUUUGACAUUGAAUGUGCCGGAAGAAAAGGAAUCUUCCCGGAAGCUGACAAAGACCCGGUGAUUCAGAUAGCGUCCAUGGUGCAGCAGCAGGGCGAGACGGAGCCCUUCAUUCGCACCGUCUUCACGCUUCAGUCCUGCGCCAGCAUUGUGGGCUCUCAGAUUUUGUGCUUCACUCAAGAGAAGCACCUUCUACAGAGCUGGGCUGAAUUUUUAAGAACAGUAGAUGCCGAUAUCGUCACCGGAUACAACAUCCAGAACUUUGACUUCCCCUACUUGCUCAACCGGGCUGCCGCGUUAAAGGUCAAUCUGUUUCCAUAUUUGGGCCGGGUGAGAGGGAUCAAGUCGGUGUUGCGGGACCUCAACUUCCAGAGCAAGCAGAUGGGCCGCAGAGAGAAUAAGAUCAUCAACAUGGAGGGCCGCGUUCAGUUUGAUCUGCUGCAGGUUCUGCUCAGGGACUACAAACUGCGCUCCUACACACUGAAUGCUGUGAGUUUCCACUUUCUGCAAGAACAAAAGGAGGACGUGCAGCACUCCAUCAUCACCGAUCUUCAGAAUGGCAACGAACAGACACGGCGACGUUUAGCCGUGUAUUGCCUGAAAGACGCCUACCUGCCGCUGCGGUUGCUGCAGAAGUUGAUGUGCGUGAUCAAUUACAUGGAGAUGGCCAGAGUGACCGGAGUGCCUCUAACCUAUCUGCUCUCCAGAGGUCAACAGAUCAAAGUUGUCUCCCAGCUACUGCGACAGGCCGCCAAGCAGGACCUGGUGAUGCCUGUUGUGAAGUCGCAGGGAGGUGAAGAUUACACCGGAGCCACCGUUAUUGAGCCAGAGAAAGGCUAUUACAGCGUUCCCAUCGCCACCUUGGAUUUUUCGUCCUUGUAUCCGUCCAUCAUGAUGGCGCACAAUCUGUGCUACACCACCUUGCUGCAGAAAGGUGCGGCCGAUAAACUGGGGUUGUCACCAGCGGACUUCAUCAAGACGCCCACCGGCGAUCAGUUUGUGAAGAGUUCUGUGAGGAAGGGCCUCCUGCCUGAGAUCCUGGAGAACUUGCUGUCUGCUAGAAAGAGGGCGAAAGCGGAGCUGAAGAAAGAAACGGACCCUUUUAAGAAGCAGGUCCUGGAUGGCCGGCAGCUGGCCCUCAAAAUCAGCGCAAACUCUGUCUACGGCUUCACGGGAGCUCAGGUGGGCAAGCUGCCCUGCCUGGAGAUCUCCCAGAGCGUGACCGGGUUUGGAAGACAGAUGAUUGAGGAAACCAAACGAUUAGUGGAGUCCAAGUACAUCAUUUCGAAUGGUUACCAAGGUGAUGCCAAGGUAAUUUAUGGAGACACGGACUCUGUCAUGGUCAAGCUUGGCGUUGCCACGGUGCAGGAGGCCAUGAACAUUGGGAAAGAGGCCGCAGAGUGGGUGUCUUCCCAUUUCGUAGCCCCCAUCAAACUGGAGUUUGAGAAGGUGUACUUCCCGUACUUGCUGAUCAACAAGAAGCGCUAUGCCGGCCUCUACUUCUCCUCCAACGCAGAAGUGCACGACAAGAUGGACUGCAAAGGCAUCGAAACCGUCCGCAGAGACAACUGCCCCCUUGUGGCCAAUCUUAUUAACACUUGCCUGCAGAAAAUCCUCAUAGACAGGGAUCCCCAGGGUGCCGUGUCUCACGCCAAAGAGGUGAUCUCUGACCUGCUGUGCAACCGCAUCGACAUCAGCCAGCUGGUCAUCACCAAGGAGCUGACGCGCACGGCACAGGAGUACGCUGGCAAGCAAGCGCACGUGGAGCUGGCUGAGAGGAUGAAGAAGCGAGAUGCAGGCAGCGCUCCAAACCUGGGAGACCGCGUUCCGUACGUCAUCGUGAAGGCCGCCAAAGGAGCGGCGGCGUACAUGAAGUCAGAGGACCCCAUCUACGUGCUGGAAAACAAUAUUCCCAUUGACACACAGCACUACCUGGACCAGCAGCUGUCCAAGCCUCUGCUGAGAAUAUUUGAGCCCAUUCUUGGGGAGAGCAAGGCAGAGAGCGUCCUCCUCAAGGGCGACCACACGCGCUGUAAGACCGUGUUGACGUCGAAGGUCGGCGGCCUGAUGGCGUUUGCUCAGAAGAGGAGCACUUGCAUUGGCUGCAAGGCUGUGCUCAAGACGGACGCUGCUGUGUGUGAUUUCUGUAAGAAGAAGGAGUCGGAACUGUACCAAAAAGAGAUUUUCCAUUUAAACACACUGGAGGAGCGUUUCUCUCGACUGUGGACUCAGUGCCAGCGUUGCCAAGGCUCGCUCCAUGAAGACGUCCUUUGCACCAGCCGCGACUGCCCCAUCUUCUACAUGAGGAAGAAGGUUCAAAAAGAUCUGGACGAUCAGAGCAAGCUGGUGUCUCGUUUUGGAUGGUGAGGCAAAUGUGCUUCAGUUCACGUAUGGAGUUGUUCGAUCACUAUUUUUU